GAACAGAACAAUAGAACUGAACUGAGAGUAAAACACACAGACGUAUCAACAGUUACAGAGAGACAGUAAUGCAUUUCAUGAGUUGUAAAGACCAACACAAAACCAGCAUGAAGAACAAGUAUGAAAACUUAUUUGAUGGAAUCAAACUACAACUACAAAAAACUACACGUUUUUUACCCGGUUUGGAGCUCGACAUCUGUGGUCACUAUGAACCACGUCACAGAAUGGAAAAGAGGAGCGUGUGUAUCAAAAAUUCACAUUUUGUGUUACAUGGAAAAAAGAACAGCAGUUUGGAUUGCUAUGAGGAAAUGUGUGCAGUGCCUUACCUGUUUCAGUAGCUUCCUGCUUCAGAAGUGAUGUGAGGAAUGAACUGAUCCAGGUUCAGUCGAGAUGUGAAGUUUGUGAGCAGGUUCUGAGAGAUCCAGUGUCUAUCACCUGUGGACAUACAGUAGUUUCUGCAGUGUAUCAGCUUCUGUUGGGACCAGACUAGUCCAUCAGGAGACUUUGACUGUCCUCAGUGCAGAAAAAGAUCUAGAACACAUCCUGUCCUACACACAAACACACACAAAGUCAUGAGAGGAUCCAGUUCUGCUGGUUCUGCUCACUUCUACACAGAACCAGACCUGCUGGAGGAUUCUCACCAACCAGUAGAUGAUGUUCUUCAGAGAGUCAAAGACCAACACAAAACCAUCAUGAAGAACAAGUAUGAGAGCUUAUUUGAGGGAAUCAAACUACAAGAGAAUCAAACGCUCCUGAACAGGAUUUACACACAGCUCUACAUCAUAGAGGGAGAGAGUGAAGGGGUGAAGGAAGAACAUGAGGUUUUACACAUGGAGAAAACAGACAGAACUCAACACUUACAAGACACUCCAAUCUACUGCAAUGACAUCUUUAAACCCUUACCUGAACCAGGAUGCGAGGAGAAGAGAAAAGACCAAAUAAAGACUGUUCUUACUAAAGGCAUCGCUGGAAUUGGAAAAACCGUCUCUAUGCAGAAGUUCAUUCUGGACUGGGCUGAGAGAAAUGCCAAUCAGGAUGUAGAUUUCAUGUUUGUGCUUCCAUUUCGAGAGCUGAACUUGAUUAAAGAUGAGCAGUACAGUCUUCACAAUCUUCUGCUGGACUUUCAUCCUGAACUUCAUGAUCUGGACUCAAAAAUUUAUGAGGAGUGUAAAAUUGUGUUCAUUUUUGACGGUCUGGAUGAAAGCAGAAUUCCACUGAUGUUUUCAGACAGUGAGAAAUUUUCUGAUGUGACUGAGACUUCAUCAGUGGGAGUGCUGAUGACAAACCUCAUUAAAGGAGAUCUGCUUCCCUCUGCUCUCAUCUGGAUCACCUCCAGACCAGCAGCAGCCAAUCAGAUCCCCUCCAAAUACAUCAAACGUGUGACAGAAAUUCAGGGAUUCAAUGACCCUCAGAAGGAGGAAUAUUUCAGGAAGAGGAUCAGUGAUGAGCAUCAAGCCAGCAGAAUCAUUUCACACAUUAGAAGAGCAAGAAGCUUCCACAUCAUGUGCCACAUACCAGUCUUCUGUUGGAUCUCAUCCACUGUGCUUCAAAACAUCCUGAAAAAAGAUGAUAAUGCAGAAAUCCCUCAAACUCUGACUGAAAUGUACAUCCACUUCCUGCUCAUUCAGAUCAAUAUGAGGAAUCAGAAGUAUGAAGAGAGAGAUCCAGAGAAACUCCUGCAGUCCAACAGAGAAGUGAUUGUGAAACUUGCUGAACUGGCUUUCAAACAGCUGAUGAAGGGCAAUGUCAUGUUCUAUGAGGAGGACCUGAGAGAGAGCGGCAUAGACGUUACUGAUGCCACAGUGUAUUCUGGGAUCUGCACUGAGAUCUUUAAGGAGGAAUCUGUGAUUCAUCAGAGGAAAGUCUACAGCUUCAUACAUCUCAGCUUUCAGGAGUUUCUGGCUGCUCUAUAUUUGUUUUACCAUUAUGUAAUCAAAAAUGUUGACACAUUGCAGUUUUUUGAUGUAGUGCAUACUCUGCAUAGGUACGCAGUUGAUAAAGCCCUUCAGAGUGAAAAUGGACGCCUGGAUCUUUUCCUGCGAUUCCUGCUGGGCAUCUCACUGGAGUCCAAUCAGAGACUCUUACUGGAUAUACUGACACACACAGAAAACAGCUCAGAGAGCAUCAAGGAAACUAUUACUUAUAUCAAAGACAAAAUCAGAAAUGAAUGUGGACUCUCAGCUGAACGAUCCAUCAAUCUCUUCCUCUGUCUGCUGGAGAUGAAAGAUCAGACUCUGUACAGAGAGAUUCAGGAGUUUCUGAAAUCAGACAAACACUCAGAGAGUAAACUCACUCCUGCUCAAUGUUCAGCAAUUGCCUACAUGCUUCAGAUGUCAGAGGAGGUGCUAGAUGAGCUGGACCUGAAGAAAUACAAUACAUCCGAGGAAGGUAGAAGAAGACUGAUACCAGCUGUGAUCAACUGCAGAAAAGCUCUUCUUGCUGAGUGUAAUCUCACUGGUCAGCACUGUGAAAUCGUGGUCUCAGUUCUACAGUCAUCAAAGUCCCUCCUGAGAGAGCUGGACCUGAGUAACAAUGACCUGCAGGAUUCAGAAGUGAAGCUGAUCUCUGAUGCACUGAAGAGUCCAAACUGUAAACUAGAGAUUCUAAGAUUGUCGGGCUGUAUGGUGACAGAGGAAGGCUGUUUUUAUCUGGCUUCAGCUCUUAGUUCAAACCCUUCACACCUGAAAGAGCUGGAUUUGAGCUACAAUCACCCAGGAGUAUCAGGAGUCAAACUACUCAGAGAUAGACUCAACGAUCCAAACUGUACACUGGAGAAACUCAAUUUGGACCAUGGAGAACAGUUCAGGAUCACACCUGGACUACGGAAAUAUUUCUGUAAUCUCACAAUGGAUCCAAACACAGUGAACUAUCAUCUCAUUCUGUCUGAGGGGAACAGAAAGGCAACACACAAGAAAGAGGAUGAGCCAUAUCCUGAUCAUCCAGACAGAUUUGAGCACUAUGAGCAGGUUCUGUGUAGAGAGGGUCUGACUGGACGCUGUUACUGGGAGGCUGAAUGGAGCGGAUGGGCUGAUAUAGCAGUGUCGUAUAAAGGAAUCAGAAGGAAAGGAAGAAGUGAUGACUGUGAUUUUGGACUCAAUGAAAAGUCCUGGAGUCUGAGCUGUAUUGAUGGCAGAUUCACUUCCUGGUACAAUAAAAACAGCAUUGACAUUCCUGUCCCUAAACCACAAUCUAACAGGAAAGGAGUGUAUCUGGACUGGUCGGCCGGUACUCUGUCCUUCUACAGCAUCUCUGACACACACACACUCACACACUUACACACAUUCCACUCCACAUUCACUGAACCCCUCUAUGCUGGAUUUGGGAUUUUUUAUGCUAACUGCUCAGUGUCUCUGUUAGAUUAAAUAGCCUUCUGUGAGAAACACCAGUGACACACAUGUUGAACACAUGGUCCAAUAAUAUUGAACCAACUUCUCUGUAUUUUUACAUGAAAAUGACAACUUUUAUGUGUAAUGUUUAAAAAAUGAAGUCUUAGUAUGUCUUGGCUGAUAUUCCAAUUCAAGAUUGUUCUAGUAUAUAAUAGUUAUAUAUUAUGUAUAGUUAUUUUUAUAUAGUUCUUUUUUUCUUUUCUUCUUUUUUUUCUUGUCUUUUAUUUUGUAUCUUUCUCUUGUGAUGUCAUUGUUCAUGUUUCCUCUUCCUGGUGCUUUUCAGUUGCAUUAUUAGUCCUGUCUUGUGAUUGGUUAUUGUUCAUUAAUGUUGUUUAGUCAUUGAUUGUGGGAAAUGUGACUUAUCAGACUUGUUAGCAUUGAUGAAAGAUGAUAUAGUAUUCUUCAAAGUACCUUGGAGUAGUGAUUGGAGCUUUUAUUUCAAAUGUAUUGAAAUUUGGUUCAUGACUCGAAACAUCUGUUCAAGUUUUAAUAUACUGCCAUUUGGUGGUUGAUAAAUGAUGCGCACAUAAGCUGCUUUUGCUGGUAAUGUUUUGAAGAAAUAAAAAAUUGUCGACUCUGUUAUGACAUUUCUGUGUUUUGUUCACUUAAGUGUUUAUAAUAAGUAAUAACCAAGGUUCAAGCGCCAAUGUCUUCAUAUAUGAGUUAAGAAGUUACUGUGUUGUGUUAAAAAAUUCAAACAUGAGAGUGAAUUAAUGACUGAUUAAUUUACAUGUAGAUUAAAAAUAAAUAAAUAUGUUUGUGGACUGAGCAGUAACAUUUUAUUAACAGCAGUGAAAGGUGCUUAUGUGACUGAAAUGGCUUCUUUUGAACCAGAUACUGAAGCAUGUGGUUUUCAGCAGAUUGAAGCUUCACAGAUCACGUGGUUUUCCAAAAUGAAUCAAGCUCCGAUACAGUGCUUCAAUGUGAAAUGUGUUGUUGUUUUAAAACAAGCUUCAAUGCUUCAGUGUCGGACAUCCCAUCUCUACCUUGGAGUACUGUGAAAAUGUAGUAUAUGAAUGUGUAUUAAUUAAUGCAAUAAUGUAUCAAAUCUGACUUUUACAUUGGUAAUACCACAGUUGGUUACUUUUUUUGAAGAGAAUUUGAGAAACUUCUUUAUACCUCUGCAUAACAAACAGUAAA